AUGGGCCUGGCGUACAACACAUAUCUCACCAGCAACAAGAUCUACGGGUGCAAGACGUGCAAGGCGCAUCUUGCCAACCACGAGGACAUUAUCUCCAGGAACUUCCGCGGCCAGCACGGCAAGGCCUACCUCUUCCACCGCGUCGUCAACAUCGACACCGGCGACCCCAAUGAGCGCAACAUGACCACCGGCCGCCACAUCGUCCGCGACAUCACGUGCCACCAGUGCAAGGAGACGGUCGGCUGGAAGUACGACAAGGCCUUUGAGGCGUCGGAGAAGUACAAGGAGGGCAAGUUUAUCCUCGAGGCCGAGCUGCUGUGCAACGUCGCUUGA